UCGUAGACUACAGUAUUCUACAGUAGUCCUUACCUAGGCUAAUUCAUGCUGUCCAGACGCAGUUUCAUUUAGAAAUAAUAGUGCAGCCUACUUUUCAUCUCCACGUUGACAUUUCUUAUAGCAAGCCAUCGACCUCAAAGACCUCAACCGGGCUCGCAGUGAAACGUUCUCACCUCGCUUUCUAUCCCGCAUUGACAGCGGGGUUACGCAGAGACUCGUCGUGCGCUUUGUGUCUGCGCUGACAACUGUGCCAAGGGAACCACCGUUUCUUCAUACCAAUCGUUUAGUGUAAUGUUAUGAAAUCAACAUAGCGAGAAGGAAGGACUUUUACCUCUUUCUUUUUUUGUAAGCGGAGGUGUGUUUUUUUGGGGCGGAGAAAUGAAGAAUCAACUCCCUACAAUAGUCCUGACAUGUUGGGUAUUUUUAGAGUUUGUGGAUGCCAAGAAAUACUGCUGGUAUUUCGAGGGAGGAUACCCAAUCUACUUCAUAUGUCGUUCCUACGAGGACUGCUGUGGCACUCGUUGCUGCGUGAGGGCCCUGUCCAUCCAGAGGCUGUGGUACUUCUGGCUGCUGUUGAUGAUGGGGGUGCUGUUCUGCUGUGGGGCGGGCUUCUUCAUCCGGAGACGCAUGUACCCCUCCCCCCUCAGCGAGGACCCUGCCUUCAACGUCUCCUUCACCAGGCAGCCGGUCACCACGCCAGUUUCCCAGCAACCGAGCAUGCUGGGCUACGACCCCCCCGUGACCCCCGCCUUCCCCAUCCCACCCGGCCCCGCCCACAUGAUGACCUCAUACCCCCCGCCCCCCACCUACUGCAACCACCCGCCCCCACCCUACGAACAGGUGUUCAACAGUGCCGACAAGAGGUAACCGUAGAAACGACGACAAAGAUGGCAGCGUGGCGGAGAGACGGCGGCUGUGGCGGCGUUGUCCACAGCGUGACCUCCACCAU